AUGGACCCCUUGACGACCGGUUCGCCCAGCGCACUUUCACCUGUACCUGCAGCUGAGCCAACACCUGCGCCUGUAUCUACAACCGAGACGACACCUGCAGCGGUCGUGCUGUCCCCAUCGACGACACCGGUGCCGACCGCGUCCAAGUCGAGUGAUCGAACACCGUCACCGCUCUCGGCUGCUGCGACGUCCAUCAUCGGCACUUCCGACACGACCGACAUCUCAACUUCACCUCUUGCAUCUUCUGCUGCACCCCCCACGCACUCCCUCGGCUCUGGCGCACCGGUAGCAGCUGUCUCGGACCCGGAGAACAUCACCGCGCCCGCGCCGCAGUCAUCGUCGAACGGACUGGUGCUCCCUCCCGCGCCACAUCGACGACCGCGACGACGGGAUGCGCCCCCGCUCAAGGGGAUCCUCAAACCGCCAACUGCCCCGUCCAAGACGUUCUCGUUUCGAAGGGAUAUCCUCCAGUCGUUCAACUCGAGAUUGGCCUACGCGACCAGUCUCAGCGCCAAUACCACCGCCGCUGCCGCCGCUGCUGCUGCUGCUGCUGCUGCUGCCUCCUCGUCAGCUUCGUCUCAGGACCGGCAAGGCCAUUCGGACGGCAGCACAUCAGCUUCGAUUGUGCCCGCUGCGGUGGCUUUAGGGAACGGCGUCGAGGCGUUCAAGAAUGUUGUCACGGCAGCCGCAGGGACGGGACAGGGCGCUGCCGCCGCCGCGGGUGGCUUCUUUGGCUCGGCGUUUAAGAGGUUCAGCACCGGCGUGAGCAACGUCGCGGCGGGUGGGCAUGCAGCUCCGUUGCAACGCGAUUUGACCGACGAUCCACCGACACCACCCCACCGCGACGAGCGGUAUGCCCCUGUUCUCGGAGCCGACAUAGCAAGCUCGGUCCUGCAUCUCCCAACCGAGUCCGCGACCCUGGAUCCUGUCUCCCAAACCGAGCACAAAUUAUCACACGGUGGUCCGGCACCCCACACCCCAGCUCGUGCAAAUGCCACCUCCAGUACAGCCGCCACGUCCCCGUAUGCGACCGUACACGCCUCGGCUCAUGCCUCGUCCUCGACCUCUCCCCCGACCCCACCGGCUCCCCCGCCCCUCGCGGUCGAGGAGUUGAAGCGGGUCCGGUUCCGCAUGGCAACCCUCAAGGUCGUAUACCCUAUUAAUGGACCUAACGGCCCGAUAGCACCUUAUGAAGAAUCUCGGACGAGGAAAAGGUCAGUCAAAGGGGAUCGAUGGACUCGUUAGGCAGCUGAUCGUAGAACAAAGUGGGGCGGUCUCGAAAGCUAAACCCGAUUGCGACGACUCCGCAGAAUCAAUUUCGCGCAUCGCGCAUCGCAGCAAUUGAAAGCGUCUGAAGGGGGCGAUGCCAAGGGUUGGACAGGGGAAGCGCUCGGCAAGUUGUACGCCGAAUGUUGUCGCACGAGGGAGGAGAGGCCCAACGAGAGGCUCAGGCGGAUCUUUGUGGUGCGUAGGCUGCUGGAACCGUACCUCGUGGGGUGUGAACUCGCUGACAAGCAUCUCAUUGAAAAGGACCACCCCGCGGCGCCUCCUCGAGUGUUGGAUCUGACAAACGAACCACUGACGCAUGGAGCCGUCGAAGCGCUGUCGGAUCUGCUGAGCGUCGAUUUUGGGCUCAAGAAGUUGGUCCUGGAGAACUGUGGGAUAGACAACGAUGUACGUACCUUAACGACAGGUGUUCAUCUGUCGAGGCGAACACCUGGAUUGAGUUUUGUAUGACCAACCUUCCACAGAGCAUCCGGCCUCUCGUCCACGCUCUGCUCGUCUCGGGCUCUAUCCCCACCAUCAGUCUCGCCAACAACCGUCGGAUACGCAACAAGGGCUGGAAAUACCUCGCCAUCUUUAUGCGCAAGGCUAGCUUCUUGCGCUAUAUCGACCUAUCCGAGAACGUCGUCGAUCGCAAGACGACCGAGUUUAUCGUGCAGUCCUUGGUACCCCAUACGAUUGCGUCAAUGCCUUCUGUCCCCGUCAAUGGGCUCGAUUCCGGCCCCCCGGUCAACGGUCACGAGCCGAAUCCGGAGGGGGGUGUUCGGGGGAGGAUAAGGACUUGCCCGACCAGCCACCAAGAGAGACGGAAACCGAGCCUGAGGCCGAAAAGGAGGAACACGAGGAAGCGGGCGAUGAGGAAGGGGAACUCGACGACGAACUGCAACCGACGUUCUCGGUUGCACCGUUAUUGAAGGAGGAUCCGACGAAUCGGGCGGGGUCGGUCGUUUCGAUGCGAUUGGAGAACUGUGGGCUUAAAGGGGCGACGUUGGAGGCCUUGGGUGAGUGUAUGCGAGCGAUGGUCGCUAAAUUGUGGUCUGAGCUGAGCAUGACGACUCUUCUCCUUUGAAGCCCAUGGAAUCCGCUCAUCGACACUCAAGCACCUUUCAAUUCGCCGCAAUCGGAUACAACCUCUCGGCGGCGUCGCACUGGCCAUCAUGAUUCGCGACUAUCCCAUCGCCGCCGACCACCAUUCUGAACAGGACCAGAAUUCGCCAUCCAUGCUCUCCUCUCCGACGAUCACCAAUCCGCUGAGCUUGUUCGAAGGCGGCAACUCGGUCACGGCGCGACUGGCGCUGCGCGAACCCUUCACAAAACGAACACCGCCCUCGAAUGCGCCCUCGAAUGGAGUUGCUACUGCCCCUGCGUCGUCGACGACCGAACCCGAAGGCUUUGGACGCGUGAUCACCAAUGGGCACGGUCCCUCCGAGGCGACGCUCAAGUUGCGGAGACAGAUAGAGGAGCUGCCCCGUAUGGGCUCGCUGUUGACCCUCGACGUCAAAAACAACGAUCUGCGCCACGGGGUGACGUACGUCGCCCAGGUGCUCAAGCGCAAUCGUACACUCAAGGUGCUGAACCUGAGCGAGAACAAGAUCGAUAUGCAAGGGCUGGUCGCAAUUGCGGAAGCACUGGUACGUUUACUCUGGAGCAUGCAGCGCAGGAGGUGUGCUGAUCUGUGUUGGUGAUGCGAUAGAAAUACAACAAUACGCUCGAGACGCUAGACCUGAGCUACAACCCCUGUUGUGGACCUAGUCUCGAAGGGGUACGUCGUCGGGUCCAGCCCGCGCAAGCUGAUUUGCACGAACGUAGACGAUUGACCGUUUUUGGUUCGCAGAUUACCUCCCUUCGGACGGCCAUCACCAUCAACUCGAAUCUGAAACGGGUCUUUCUCAACCAUACCGACCUCACCUCGGAGGGAGCGAUCGCACUCAGUGAAUUCCUCCCCGAGGCGCGAUCGCUCAUCCACCUCGAUCUGACGGGCAACAAUAGCAUCGACAUCGCCGGCGUCAUGGCCCUGUCGGUGUCGGUCAAGAUGAACACGACCUUACGAUGCCUUGACCUCAACAUCCCGCCGAACGACCCCGACUUUGCUCGAUUGUCGCAGGACAUCCUCCAGUGCUGUAUUCGCAAUACCGAACAGGCGCAGGAGGAAGCCGCUUCGGGGGGCAAGACGAUCACGAUCGCGGCGCCGAUCUUGAAGUCGGCCGUGGCGAGGGACCUCAAGGAACGCCAGGAGGCGCAGCAACGCCAAGAACGACGCCGGGAGAUGCAGGCACGAUCCAAGGACGAGAUCGUGCAGGCCGCUGAGGGGGUGAGGGACGUCCUGGCGGAUAUGUUGGCCGUCGAUGAAGAGUUGGCCAGGACGGGGGUGAUCGUACAACCUGCAGAGGUCGUGCGGGACUCGCUCGUGCAAGCUCAACUCGCUGAGGCGCAGUUGGCCGAGGCGAUCGCGGCAACGAGACCCGGUGAUCAGAAAGGUCAGUUCGAGUGUCCGAGACGCUGAUCGGUCUGCCGAACUGACGAAUUGUACCUGUAGACCGCGCCGUGCUUCUCGGAGACGCCUUGUCCGCCCUGCUCGAUCGGGCCAAAGCAUUGUACGAACCCAAGGUCGCUCCCCCCACUUCUCAGGCUACACCCACAGGUACCGUCGAGGCCGAGUCAACUAACUUUGUACUCGACGAUUCCGAUUCCGAGGAUGACGAUCCGGCGCCCGCGACCUCCAAUCCCGAGACAGGGGAAGCUACCUCAAAGGCGACCAACGUUGCCGCCCCGAAUGGAGAUGUCGUAAACGAGGACGACAAUGAAAUGUCGAUCAAAACGCCGCUCGAAUUCCAAUCGCGUUCGCUGACGCUCGAAGAAGGCGAGAUCUUUCGCAAGGGUUCCGCUCUGGGAACGGGUCAAGUCGACGACGACGACGACGAAUUGGACCACGUUAGUGGGGAAGAGUUGAAGAAGGAGAUCAUGGAAGCGACGGUCGAGAGGCCCUCUCGGGGAAGCUUCGAGGAGCGACCUAGUGUAUAG